AAACCAUUUUCUUGGUUGCAAAUAUUCUAUACGGCUUCUUUCUUUCCUUCACACAUUUGAUAAAGAGGGUUUCCUUUGUUUUUUGUUAUUCUACAAACGAAUAUAUUCUACUCCUUUUUGUAUUGUGUGCGGCUUUGAUUCUACCUAAUUGGAGCCUUUUUGCCUAUCUUUUUCUUUAUUCACUUCGCACAUUCAUUUGAACGUAAAACCGUCAUGUCUGAUAAUUCGAUCAAGAUCUUCACUGGCAAUUCGCAUCCCGAGUUGGCGAGCCUGGUGGCCAAGCGUAUUGGUAUUGAUUUAGCCAAGGCGACGGUGAUGAAAUAUUCCAACCAAGAGACCUCUGUGACGGUGGGUGAGUCAGUGCGUGACGAAGAUGUCUUUAUUAUCCAGUCCGGUUGUGGCGAAAUCAACGACAACUUGAUGGAACUAUUGAUUUUAAUCAAUGCAUGCAAAACUGCUUCGGCUCGUCGUAUUACGGCCGUCAUUCCUUGUUUUCCCUAUGCUCGUCAGGAUAAGAAGGACAAGAGCCGCGCUCCCAUCACCGCCAAAUUGACCGCCAAUAUGUUGACCGUGGCCGGCGCCAACCAUGUCAUCACCAUGGAUCUCCACGCAUCCCAAAUUCAAGGCUUCUUCAAUAUUCCCGUCGACAAUUUAUACUGUGAACCGUCCAUGGUAAAGUAUAUCUCCACCAAAAUCCCUAAUUGGACCAAUGCCAUCAUUGUUUCUCCCGACGCUGGCGGCGCUAAGCGUGCCACAUCGAUUGCGGACCGAUUAAAUCUUGACUUUGCUCUGAUUCACAAAGAACGCAAGAAGGCCAAUGAAGUGUCUCGUAUGGUACUAGUGGGAGAUGUCCAGAACAAGAUUGCGAUUUUGGUAGAUGAUAUGGCGGAUACGUGUGGCACACUUGGCUUGGCGGCUAAAACGCUAGUGGAAAAUGGCGCUGAGAAAGUCUAUGCCAUCGUCGCUCAUGGCAUUCUGUCCGGUAAAGCCAUCAAAGUGAUCAACGAAUCCGUAAUAGAGAAGCUCGUCGUCACCAACACCAUUCCUCAUCACGAUAAAAUGGCUAUUUGCCCCAAGCUUGAUAUUAUUGACAUUUCUCCUACAUUGGCCGAAGCGAUCCGCAGAACUCACAACGGUGAAUCCGUUUCCUAUCUUUUCUCUCAUGUUCCUGAGUAACAAUUUUUUUUAAUAAUCAUUCUCUCAUAAAUUAUCAUCAAUUCACUUAGAAUCAUAGUCACAUGGAGGUCCUUUUCAACCAUGAUCGUCUCUUUAUGGAGUGGCUGAUGAACAAUGUAGUGCACACCAUUGAUUCUAAAGCUUUAG